CCUCACAGGAGUCAGCUGCCGAGCUACGAGCCAGACUUUAACUUCUGGAAGAAAAAAAACAAACAGGCAAAGUCAGACUGAGGAGGAAAAAAAACAACAACAUCGGACUAUUUUUUCUGGGAGUUUUCUUCUUUUUUUUCCAUUCUCGGAGACGCGAAAAGAAAAUCCACAGCGAUCCGUUUGGAUUUGAUGAGAAAGUCAAGAAGUCCCGCUCUUGGAGAGAUCAGCGGAAUAUGAUUUGAAUCAAGGGAACCUACAACACUGUUGCUGUCUAACAGGAUGACUCUCCGCUCGCUCCACGCCGUCAUGCUGCUGUGGGCCGUGUGCCCCGGUGCACAGGGCCAGUGUGAAAAGCCAUCCGAGACCAACAAACUGAACCUCUCCAUCACCUACGAGCUCCCGACGUUCACCGCAGACUUCCCCAUCCAGAACAUGGUGACGCUGGAUGGGAUAAUCUACGUCGGAGCUGUGAACAGGAUCUACGCCCUGGCCCCGAACCUCACCAAGCUGUCCGAGUACCACACGGGGCCGCUGCUCGCCAACGAGACCUGUGGCCAGAAAUCGACCGGUUCAGGUAGCGUUGGCAGUCGGGUGGACAACCACAACAUCGCCCUGGUGGUGGAGAACAUUUACGACAAGGGGCUGUACAGCUGCGGCUCAGCAGAUAACGGUGUUUGCCGCCGCCACGUCCUGGAUGAAGACGAAAGCCCGAAAACAGUAGAUGAGGAGGUCUACUGCUUCGCCAACAAGGGCCGGUAUGGCAGGAGCCAACCCAGCGACUCGGACGUCGUGGUCAGCCCGUCAGGCUCUCAAGUGCUCAACGUUGAAAGCAACGUCAUCACGUUUUUUGUUGGGAACUCUGAGAUUCCAGGUAUGGGAAAUAUAUUGGACAGCGCGCCACGUCCUCACACCAUUUCUCUGCGGAAGAUGAAGACGAGCCAGAACGGCUUCACGUUCUUCUCCGACCGCUCCUACAUGGACCUGAUUCCGCCUCUACGUGGAAACUACUACCUGCGAUACGUCCACGCCUUCCACAGCGGACCUUUCACCUACUUCCUCACGGUGCAGCAGGUGAGCAAGGACUCCCAGACGUACCACACCCGCAUCGUCCGAAUGUGCUCCUCGGACCUCAUGAUCCGCCGCUACGUGGAGAUGCCCCUCGAAUGCAUCAGCACCGAUAAAAGGCGCCGGCGCUCCACAGACGAUGUGAAAGUGUUCAACAUCCUGCAGGCGGCGAACGUCGCCAAGGUAACGGACGUGGAGCUGCAGAAGCAGCUGAAGGUGGAUGAAGACGACGACGUGCUGUUUGCCGCCUUCGCCCAGGGGAAGCCCAACUCUCCGGAGCCGACCGCAAACUCGGCCGUCUGCGUCAUGUCCAUGAAACAGAUAAACUACUUGUUCAAGAGAUACAUGCAGAGGUGCGAUACUGUAGACCCGUAUCACUUCACCGGAUCGGACAAGAAGUCCUGCUACAAUGUGGUAAGAGCUUUCAAACUCCUUCUGUGUCCUACUUUGCAUUUGUGAAUAAUGUUGUUGGUUUCAAAUGCAUGCAUGCAGAUGGCUCUAGGGAUGGGGGGGAUAUGUCCCCCAGAGAUCCAAAGUGAUCCCGAUCCGUCCACCCCACUUUCAGCGACAAACAUCGUCAGUAAAACAGAGGAUUAAUGUUCCAUUAGUUAGAAUAUUUACAUUGCAGCACAUAGAGAGUCCAGCGGUGCGUUCAAGGUCUACACGAAUGUCAGAAUUCUCAAGGUUUUUCCGAGCUCCAAGUUCUGACUUUCAAGUUCUGACUUUUAGUGUAAACUAAACACACCAUAAGGCGUUGCGGUAAGAACCUGUUAGACCCACCUUCAAAAUAAAAGCAAACACAUGUAGCUUUCAAAAUAAGAGCACAUGGAUGUGUUAGUAGAGUCCACCACAGAAUUCACAAGAAGACUGUCAAAAUAAGAUGCCUUAAAUAAAACAUAGAAGAACCCUUAUUCUCCUUUACAAUAAUUAUCUAAAAUAUGCAAUGAUUAAGAUGGAAAAGUGGCAUUAGAAUGUGCAAGAGGCACCAAAUUUAGGCUUUUAGGGCAAAAAUGUUCUCCGGGGGAGCAUGCUCCCGGAAAUUGCCCAGCAAUAUUUUCAGGAUUAUGAAAGGAGGAGAGAUGUUUUUGGGUCCUUCAUUGAGUCAGCUUCAAGUCAGUAAAUUUGUUUGGUUGCACUGGGAACCUCAUGCACAAACUUCCAUCUAUUUAUGUUAAUAUGUUGGUGGUUGUUUACACUACAGUUUAUUUAAAAAUGUUUAAAUAAAACAUGUUUGGGUUAAGGCAUGGAGUGGAAAAAUAACUCAUUGAGUUGAAAUCAUUUGCCGACAGCUUCUUCCCCCCCGGUUCAAAAAUCCCAUCUGCGCUCCUGUUCAAAUGUCAUUGUGCUUUUCUGA